GGUCAAGUCUUCGCCGCACAGAGUCAGCCGAGAACCGGCCGAGCCGUGAGCUCCGCGUGUUUUUUAGCAACAGGAGGCCUCGAUCACGCAGACAAAUUUCUCUGCGUACAUGCGGCCCGUGAUCGCACGUCAUCAUGAACGGCACGUGGGUGAAGAAAACUGUCCUGUGCUUUUGGAUGAUAUUCUAUUCUCAGGCUUUACAUUUUGGAAUUUUACCCGUCCAAUUUGAGGCGAUGCGACCACGCCCUGCUUGGAGGGCAUGUGGAUCCAGUCUCUUCUGGAUAAUUUGCAUGGUUGUAAACGCGGCCUUGGUCACUUGUAUGUCUGCGAGGACACCUGAUACUACAAACAUGUUUGUAGGAAUUUUCGUGUUUUCUAUCCUUCUGUUUGCUCUCAUCUCAUGGCAAACUGUUAACGCUCGCCGCCCAAUGUGCGACACAAUACGAGCAACGAAAUGCGCCAGGCCAUGCUCGCAUACACAUCACAACUCAGAGAAUGUGACCGAGGUAAUGAGGUCCACAUGUUUGUUCUUCAAAUCAAAAGUCAGCAGAAUGGAAUAUGUACGGUGCUAUGGUCGUUUGACAUCAAUUCAGUAACCGCUUUGCAGGUAAUUUUUGUAUCUGUACAACUCAAACAAUCUCAUCAUAUUGCGAUGCACAUAUUUUCUUACCCCACCUAAUUAAUACUUGUCGUACACCCACUCAACGUGAGAAAUUCACAUCUAAACGUUUCUAUCCAUCAAAUUGGCCGAGGGGUGUGGAACUGACCAAAAAAGUCUACACAUGAAUGUGUCUAGACCAGAGAUUGUGUAUGAUUGUGUCUAUGAUUGUCUCUUAUUGUUUCAGACUAUUGGGUAAAUAUUGGGACAUAAUUUUUAGAAUUGUGUCAUAAUUGUUUCCGAUUGUGUGUAAUUGUUUCCGAUUGUGUGUGAUUAUGUCGAUUGUGUGUGAUUUUUUCAGAUAGUGAAUGAUUGUGUGUGUUUGCUUAUGAUUGUGUGUUAUUGUCUCUGAUUGAUUCAGAAUGUCGGAUAAAUAUUGUGAUAUAUUUUGCAAAAUUGUGGCAGAUAGUGACGUCAUUGAGUGUGAUUGUGUGUGAUUGUUUCGUGAUUGUGUGUAAUUGUUUCGGAUUUUGUGUGAUGUUUCAGAUUGUGUGUGACUUGUGUCCGAUUGUUUCAUGAUUGUCUCUGAAUGUUUUUCCAGAUGAAGGCCUACACAUUGUGUCCAGUUCCACACCCCUCGAAAUUGGCAUAUAUUACGUCAAAUUGACGUCGUUUUGAUUGUAAUCAAAUUAUGAUCAUUACCCAAUGUAAAAGGGUUUUUGGCGAGGUAUCGAAACGAUAACGUUCCGAUAUCGUAUGAUGUCGUAAAUUGUAUUUUUAACGAUAAAAACUUGUACCUGUUUGCGAUACAUUUUCGACCUGCGAUGUCGAAACGAUAUCGUAUCGAUAUUUCAUUCACCGAUUUCUCGCUGGGACGUCUUAUUUCUUUUGGAUAUCCAAGGUAUUUGUUUGUGGCGUUUCAGAUGAUGUCCGCCAUAGUUUCCUACACUAUCUUGAUGCGCCAGAGUGACAUCAAAUUUUUUGACGAAUGAGGACUUGUUAGAAUUUGUUUAAAUUUGUGUGCGGAGAUGCGUUAUUUGUUACAAUUUAUUGCACUAAUAAUGUGAUCGGGUACUUGUGCGUGCUAGAGGGGCUGUCAAAAUAAGAUACGGUUUGGCCGACCGACCGACCGUCAAUAGGACGACUGAAAUGUAGUGUUAGGGGGUUUUCUCGCACGCUGAGUCCACAUCUGGCAGUGCCGAUGUCGUCCGGGUCCUCGGGGACGUCAUAUUGGGGACCUCCCGAGCAUGCCGAUGACACUCCCACGACAAAUACGAUUCGGCUCCAAAUGUCGUACCUGGGCUGGUGCAUAUUUCUUAAAAGUCAGCAAAUAUAAUUAUUAUUAAUAGCAAAUCGCCCAUAAUAGUUUAUUAUCCUGAUCAUUUCACUAUUGUCACACGGCACUUCCCUGGCGUUGCCGCCUGGAGCCACACAACGAUGCGCGGGACGGGAAGCAUUCCCAAAGGAUCACAUCCUGGACAAGCGAGGCGGGAUUGCCUAUCCUAGGAAAGAAUCACAUCCCGCAACCACGAUAUGUCGGAACUCGGCCCAGAAAUGUUCUUGACAUGAGCAAAGAGAAGUCUAUGGAGUCAUUUUACUCAAAAGAAUAGGAAGAUCGGCCUGGAGCUGCACCUGUCCUGGACAUCAGCUGUGCCCGUGGAAUCAUGAGAUUUAAGUUGAGUUGGCGUCACAGUGAUUACAGCUGGUCCAGUUAUUUUAUUCUAUUGUAAAGUCCCUUUGAGUAAGCUUGAAUGAUUUUCUCUCAGGCACCUAACUUUGUUCGCCAUCUAAAGCCACUUUUCACAACAGGGGUGUUUUAGAACCCAUGGCAGUUUUCUGAUGCCCUAAUUUACCCUGCUGUAAAUUUAUAAAAUUAGCACA